GUCGCUGACUUCACCACACAAAUGGACAGUUCGGUCGCUAAUCCUUCUGUGUGGGACACACAAAAAGUGUAUAAACACCACGAGCAACGAAAUGUUGCCCAAACACGCCCAAAAUACAGAGAGGGGAGGCGCCUCAAAGCUGUUAAGGUAUAUACCAUCAACUUGGAGUCUCGGUUCCUGUUAGUUCAAGGAGUGCCCGCUAUUGGAGUGAUGCCAGAGCUGGUGCAGCUCUUUGCUCUCUAUGGAGUGAUCGAGGAGUACAGGGCGCUGGAUGAAUACCCAGCAGAGCAGUUCACUGAAGUCUACUUGUUUCAAUUCCAGAAACUGACGAGUGCAAGGGUAGCUAAACGGCACACUGAUGAAAAGAGCUUCUUUGGGGGUCAGCUGCACGUCUGCUAUGCCCCCGAGUAUGAAGCUGUGGAAGAGACGAGACAAAAGUUACAGGACAGGAGAAGAUAUGUUAACAGAGCAAGCCAAAAUACAGCAAAACAACACGAUCGGCAAUUAGAAGAAAGCACAGAGUCAUCAAGCACGGACACACAAACAGCUGCAGCACCUGAGAUCCAGAAAGGCUCUGAAAAGGCCAGAAUGGAGAAUGGGAACUCUGACGACAUGGGCUUUCCUGUGCUGCCAUUGCCACCAGCAGAGGAUGUUUCUUAUAGACUUCACGGUUUUGCACAGCCAUUACAGUUGCAGUGGACCACUGAUACAACAUUACCUAGAGAGGAUAAGAUGGGCUCUCUACAUAAUGCCAUCCCUCCCGUCACAGAAACUUCAAAGCAGUGUGCAUCCUCUGCAUCUUAUAAAAAAGAGAGAGAUUUGAUUGAAAGGCAGAAGAACCUGUCACCAUCUGUUAGAUUUAUGCCAAGGACUACACAUUUAGAAAGUAGAAAAAGAAAGUUGGAGGGACAAGCGUUCUUUUUGAAUGAAGCAGCUGAAACGGAGACUCUGAUUGGUCCUAAAUUACCAGAGCGGCCCAAGGUAGACAUGGAGGAUCAUUCAUUAAAUGUAACCGCCAAUUUGAUCCGUCAAACAAUGAGCAAGGUUAGUUUGUCUCUCAUUCCUGCUGUAAAUAUUAUGUAAUUUACAUAAGUACAU